AUGGAGCAAGAGAACAGAGGGGCAAACGCUGGCAGGAAGCUCGAAUCGGUGAUCGUCAUUGACAGCGACAGUGAAGGCGAGAGGGAUGGGACACGGCGUCACCAUAGCAACACGUCAUCGGCUCCGCCCAUCUCCAUAUCACCCAGGAGCGGCAAAGAGAGUCGCCCAGAUUCCACUGGCCACCUCCCCCCUGGACCAAGCAACAAACCCCCUCCCUUGACUGUGGUAUCCUCUGCUAACAGCAAGGCUAACCGAACCACCGCUACCGUAACCCCCUUCAGCCAAUCAGCCAGCACCGUCACAGUGACCAGCGGCAACGGCGGUGCAGGCACCAACCAGGCCUUGGCCGCUACCCGCACCUCCAGCUUCGCCGCCGCCCUGCGUAAACUGGCCAAGCAGGCCAAUGACAAUGGCCCAGAUGAGAUCUCACCUAGAACGUCACCUGCCAGUACAACACGUAGCUCCGCCUCCACCCCGUCCAAGUACCACCUAGGACCUUCGCCCCUCGUGGUCCCUACCUCAAGCCCUCCAGUGGUUACCAUUGCCCCCACCCACACCACCAGUUCUGCCCUGGAUUCCAGAAGGGAGCUUGAAAGAAGAAGCCAGAGCAACUCUGUAGAUCGUAGCCUCGGUCGUUCGCUGUCAGGAGAGGGUGCGUCUUCUAUCUGGAGAGGAAAAGAAAGCCCCAGUCUAGGUCUAGGUCCAAGGAGGUGA